AUGGCUUUACCUUCGAAUAAGAUAGGCCAACCUACCUUUACCGACGCGUAUCACUCGUGUACUUAUUGUAAAAGGCUGGUAAUUGAUCUACACAACGCAUCCUUUCCUACUUUUGAUAUCCAAAAUGAGCGCUACUCUGUUCAUCGACAGGAUUUCACGAGUGGUGACAUACUUGAAGCUACCAUCAAAGGUUGUCCUAUCUUUGAACAUGUGCUUGAACGGCGAAAAGAGCAAAAUGAGAAGUUUCUGACGUCGAAUGACUCCCAGGCUGAAAAGGUCGGAAUGGAAGACCUCCACCUGAUACACGACACAGACAAGGAAACAUUUGCCUACUUGAUUUCCAAAGCUAAAAUCUCAAGUAGAACCAAACAUGCACUUGAUCUGACACACAUUAAACUAGAUUGGCACUGGGCUGAUGAUGUCUCUAAAACGGAGAACCUGAAAACAGGUUGGGGUUUACAAUUUACUCUCUUCGACUAUACUGUUGACGCUGAAGAAGGUAUGAUCGAAUUCCAUACAAUCAUGCCGCUGCUGAGUUCAAGUAACAAUCUCUUAGGAAAUGCAGCAGGGACCUAUGUCUUCAAAAGACCAAGAUAUCCGUAUGUCUUUUCCGCUGCUACAGUUGGAAUCAUUCGCACUGGGAUUGAAGAUUGUCAAAAUCAUACAGGAUGUGGAUCACCGAGGCCGGGGGAGACUUCACAUCACAAGCCUUCGCGAGUAUUGUUUAUCGGCUCCACCAACGAAGACAUACGCCUAGUUCCUUGCGCCCAAGCAACAUCCUACGUAGCUCUAUCCUACUGCUGGGGAGGCGACGAAUCCAUGAAACUGACUACUGACAACCUCACAGCAUGGAAACAAGCUAUUCCACACUCCGACCUACCAAAGACCAUCCAACAUGCAAUCCAUACCACCAGGUCUGUAGGAAAACCGCACAUCUGGAUCGAUCGACUCUGUAUAAUCCAAGACGACCAAGCAGAUCUCCUAAAAGAACUCGCUGUAAUGGGCGAUAUCUACGACAACGCCUUUUUCACACUCCAAGCAGCCUCGGCGAGUUCUUCGAAAGAUGGCUUCGUUCAGACGCGCGACGAUGCUCUAAAACUAGCCAGCAAAACUCGUGUCGCUGUCAAGUAUCGAUGUCCUGACGGGACGACUGGUGCGGUAGGCUUAGUCACACCGGAUAGAGCGAAACGGGAAGAAAUACCUGAUACGCAGGCAAUUGAUUCAAGAGCGUGGACAAUGCAGGAACAAAUGCUAUCUACCCGCUCGCUCAGCUUCUGUUCGAACAUGCUUCUCUGGCGCUGUCCUUCGGCGUCUUGGAGUCAUGAAUAUUCUGACGUCGAGCCUGACAAAGACGUCCGCGAACAAGAUAGGGAUACGCGUGUGUGGAAGAGUCCUGCGCUGUGGAACAGUGUGGUUGAAAGUUAUUCCAAACGCAUCUUAGGUCGUGCUCAAGAUAAACUCGUUGCGCUUUCGGCGAUAGCUGGCGAAGCUGCGAGGUUAUACACGGAGCAAGGCGUAGUGGUUCCUAGAUAUCUUGCAGGUGUCUGGUAUCAUCAGCUUCCUGGAGCUUUGUACUGGAAAGUAGUAUCCAAAAGAAAUGAACGGCCAUCCGUUUACCGGGCGCCUUCCUGGUCGUGGGCAUCGAUUGACGGGGAAGUGUCCUUCUUCAUGAAUCAUGGAACCAUUCGUGCCAAUGCGAAGAUUAUGGAAGAUUCGAUCACACUCAAGUAUCCAUCUGCACCAUUUGGUGAAGUUGAUGCUGGCUAUUUGGUAGUUAGAGGCUACACUCACAGCAUGCGACUAGGCAAGGGAAAAAGUGCUUUUCGAAAUAAUUUGGAGACUUUUCUUAUAUCGCUCGAUGCUAUUGAGAGUGAUCUGAGAACGAAUGAUGAUUGGAGUCGGGACGUGGUAUUACUCCAUAUAGGCGAGAGGCAAAAUAACAGUGAGCUAGAUUUUGUAGGCUUAGUUCUUGUGUCGUCUUACUUCUAUCUGACGAAGGAGGAGACGAAAGAGCGGGAUGCAAAUGAGUUUGCGUUUAGGAGGAUGGGAUGUUAUUUUACGAUGGGUCGUGCUGGUAAGGGUGGAAUAGAUGAGCUUGAGGACUGGGUGAUGAGGGAUGUGAAAAUCAUAUAG